GCGCACAAUAAGUCUCCGGUGCUGUGUAUAGCUACGUGUAAGCAAUAAUUAGGGCUAAUUAAGCAUCAUGUAAUUUAUAACAGGGUGCGGGCACGACAUGCGCUAACAGCAGUCUCAAUCUGAUUUUACUGCAUUUGUCGUUUCCAAUUUAUUCAUGUAAUUUGAAAACACGGGUUGCGAAUGAAGGAUUCCUCGGUUUAAAGAUAGAUCUUUUUGUGCUGUGUCUUAAAAUAGCAUCCUCCGGAACAAGCCCAUAUAAACCUCUGGGUCUCUGAUGGUACACUCCCGUUGUUUAAAGACACAGGUGCUACUGUUCUCCAGAGAUAUCCUAAGCCAUUUGGAAGGGGGGAUAGCACCCAGAGAAGAGACCGUGCCGUUUUAAGACGAUAGCCAAAACCUACGCAUCUGUGUGGUGUAUCCUGAAGCUGUCUCUCUAAAAAGAAAAAAAAAAGAAGUAACAUCUUCUGACUGUUAGUAAAUAUGCUGACAGUAAUUGGGAUUAAUAUUGACGAGCAGCACUCCAGCGCCGGCGACUAAAAUGGGAGCCGUGUGUUCUAGCCAUAGCAGCGCGCCGCCAGCGGGAGAGUGCAGAGGUUUGGGGAAGUGAAGAGAUUCGUUCACGGCAUCACCAGCAUCAAACUCACAACAAAGCAGGAUGACACCCAUAAAAGAAAAUCCACCGGCAGGAGGUUGCUGGAUGAAGAUUUAAAAAGAAAACACACGCCUUACUGAAUGUGGGAUUUACUAAACUUAUAUUUAUUUGUGUAAUUUAGCUUUUAUUUACUUUGUAAUUCUAUGCGUUGUAUUUAUUUACUAUUCAGCUAUACAAUGCCCAGCUUUUUCGAUCCCCCGCGUGGUUACAAUUCCACUCCGGGCCGCUGGGAUGCGGGUGGCGCGGCCUCUCUGUCCUCCUCGUUGGUGAACAGCGUGGUGAAGAUGGCCCUGCUCUCCCUUAUUGUCUGCACCUCCCUUUUCGGGAACGUGGUGGUGCUGCUGGUGUUCCAGCGCAAGCCCCAGCUCCUGCACGUGGCCAACCGCUUUGUGCUCAACCUGCUUAUGGCAGACCUCUUCCAGACCAUCCUGGUGAUGCCCUUUGCGAUUGUCGCCACGGUGCCAGAUGUGUGGCCCCUGGACCGCCGGUUGUGUCAGGCUCUGGUGGUCCUUAUGCACUUGUUCGCCUUCGCCGGGGUCAACACCAUCAUUGUGGUGUCUGUCGACAGGUACCUGGCCAUCAUCCACCCGCUCUCCUACCCGGCCAGGAUGACCCCUCGCCGGGGGAACAACCUGAUCGCCUGCACAUGGGUCCUGAGCGUCCUGCAGAGCAGCCCGCCGCUCUACGGCUGGGGGGCUAUCGACUUCGACCGGCGCCACCACUCCUGCACGCUCGUCUGGUCCGCCAGCUACUCCUACUCCGCCCUGGUAUCCAUGUUCUCCUUCUGGGUGCCCGUCUGCAUCAUGCUGGGCUGCUACUGGAUGGUGUUCAGAGCUGCCAGGAGGCAGAACAACCUAGUUCACCCAGUGCAAGCUACCAAGCACAACCACAGUACUGCUGAUAACCAGCAGUGCCAAGAGCAACAGCAGCAGCAGCAGCAGCAGCAGCAGCCACCCCCGGAGGGCUCUGUCUACCCCAUCAGGGCGCGCCACAGACGCUUCCAUUAUCACUGCAAAGCAGCCAAAGUGGUCUUUGUCAUCAUGUCUUCUUACAUCUUCAGCAUGGGCCCUUACAGCGUCCUCGGCAUGCUCUCCAUCAGCCCUAGCGCCCCCGUCCCACCCUGGAUCGUCUCCCUGGCCCUCGUCUUGUUCUUUUUCCAGUGCUGUAUCCACCCCUACAUCUACGGCUACAUGCACCGCAGCGUCCGCAGGGAGUUCCUGGCCCUGCUCUGCGGCUCCUUCUGCAAGCAGGUGCGACCGCUGCGCAGCUCCGGAGCGGACAGCUGCUUCACGGUGACCGCCGGGCGGCCGACACACGCCCACGGUGCGGCUGCCAGGAUCUGCCCCCUGAGGACCUGGGAGGAGGGCACGACGUCGUCCUCCCCCACCGAGGGCAUGUCCAAGGACAGCAGGAAGGACACGACCUCAAUCAGCUUCAGCUCGGAAAAAGAACUGAACGCCCUGCCGAAGUGAUAAGAACCAUAUACAAAGCCACAUGCUGUAUCGUCACCCGUACAAUUUCGCAAGCCUCUUGCAGCUAUAACAUCUUGUACACGGCCACGCACAGAGUCUACAAGACGUUGAGAGGCACCCUGAGUAAUCUCACAAAGCCUCAGAGAGAGCAGUGUAUGCGCUAUGCAGUGUUGUAGGCUGAGGAUCUCAUAAAACCAGGGUAUGCAAGAGGGCCAUUAGAGGUAUAAUAAUAUCAUAUUAAAGGAUUCGGUGCUUUAGGUUAAAUUGGUUUGGCUGUUUAACCAAAUCAAUUAAACCCCCACUUGGACUCUAAGUCCUCUUAGUUAACUACUUAAUUUCACCUACUAAACCUGCACUGUGACUGACCAGUACCUGAAUACUAAUUACAUCCAAGCGUGCAUGCAUCUACAUGUAUUGUACACCUUAAGUAUGCUGGUGUCCAUUACCUGAAAAACCUGAUUUGGUUCACAUUAUUAAUAGUGUUUGAAAGUCUCGCUGGUACACAUUACUGACUUUCACUAUUAACUCUGUUCUUCAAUUUAUACUGUUUUGAUUCAACUGGGUUCAACGCACAGCCCCUUGACAAACUCAAUAAUCCCUGAAUUAAGAAACAAGGACUGUACAGUAGCUUUUGUACCCCUUGACUGGUUCGGUUUCCAAAUUUCUACCGUUGCCUCCCACACAGUUGUCGCUGGGAUCCAUGUUUUUGCAGGGAUGAUUCCAGAUUCCUGUUAAGUGCCAAACACAAUACUUUGUAACUACAAGCAAGGUCUGUUCGG